GAUUUCCUUGAGAAUUUCUAUUGUCUUCCUAAGGUAUUUUAAUAUGGAAUUUGCAUUUUUUUGAUUUUUCUCUUCUUAUGUCUUUGUUUUUCACACUGAUUUCUUAUAUCUUUGUAGUUUUUUCCCCUCUCUUUUUCCUUUUUCUAGGUGUGGGCUCAAAUAGUUUCAUGGGUGAUGAUGAUAGAGAAUUAAAACAUGAAGCAGUUGCAAGAGCUGCAGAUUUUGCAUGUACUCUAAUGCAAAUUUCGUUUCUGUUUCGGGCUCAAAAUUCAACUACACAAUUCAGAUUCCAGGUAGCCGAAUUCUACAGGAAUCGAGCCUAUCUUCUACUGCUUUCCUGGAAGCUGACUUCUACAAGCCUGGAGGCUGUCUUCUACUACUAAUUCGAGUGUUGGUUUUUAGCGCAAUUUUUGAUUAUUCGCGGCUCCAAAAGGUGCAGGUUUUAAUUCCAGGUUUUAUUUUCUUGCAUAUGGCUGAUUUACAUGUGUGAGACUUAGAAUACAGGUAAAAAAAAGGUCCAGUUAAAUGCUGGUUUGUUCAUGCUGAUUUUUAACUGGACCUUUUUUUACCUGAACAGUCAAAAUCAGUAUUUUUUAAAUCAACAUAUUUUAGGCCCUCUCUAAAAAAAGGUCCAGUUAAAAUCAUCAUUUAACAAAAUCAGCCUUUGUUAAAAUGCUGAUUUUUUUCUUUACA